GUGCGCUCGUCCGCCAGUCCCUCGAGCUUGAAAAUAUUUUCACAGGGAAGGCCCAAGUAGAGAGGAAGGGGGGGGGCGGUGGGGAAGAGAGGAGGAGAAAGGAAGCGGGAAAGAGGAAGCCAAUGCCAGCGCGCCUCAGAUGGAGAGCGGGCUCUUCGGGGAAGCCCAGCCAGUGCUCGGGGGCGCCUUAGCGGCGAGGGCUGCCUUCGUCCUGCGGGCCCAUGGCGCCGCCUCAGUACAGCGUGAAGCUGGCCCUGCUCAGCGAAGAGCAGCUCCUGUGCGGGCCGCCCCGCUCCGACCAGAAGGCGCCGCUCCGCCUGCAGCUCCAGCCCCGCGAGGAGGGCAGCGCCGAGGUCGCCGCCACCGACGCUGAGGGAGUUUGUGUAUUCAAAUGCUUCGUUAACAAAGAUACGGAAUACUGCAGAGUGGGAAAAGAUUCUGUUUUGAUAUCACUGGGUUACAACAGUGCUUUGCUCCAGUUCAGGUCACUUUCUGAAUAUAGCAUGUUUUCAAAUGCACUGAAGAACUGCAGGAAUCAGACAAAUGAUUGUUCCUCUUUCAAUCAGAGAACAGAAGAAUCCUCUGCAGCUCAAUAUUUUCAGUUUUACGGUUGCUUAUCUCAACAACAGAAUAUGAUGCAGGAUUUUGUGAGGACAGCAACUUAUCACAGAGCAAUACUCCAGAACCAUAUCGAUUUUAAAGAUAAGGUGGUCCUAGAUGUUGGCUGUGGAUCAGGAAUCCUUUCGUUUUUUGCUGUUCAAGCUGGAGCUAGAAGAGUGUAUGCUGUUGAAGCCAGCUCAGUAGCAAAAUAUGCUGAGAUUCUAGUACAAAGUAACAAUCUUUCUGAUAAGAUCAAAGUUAUGUCAGGAAAAAUUGAAGAAAUCUCGCUGCCUGAGGCAGUAGAUGUUAUUGUUUCUGAACCAAUGGGUUACAUGCUGUUCAAUGAAAGGAUGCUGGAAAGUUAUCUCCACUCCAAGAAAUGGCUGAAGUCGAAUGGAAUGAUGUUUCCAACAUUUAGUGACAUUCAUUUGGCUCCUUUUUCCGAUGAACAGCUCUACAUGGAACACUACUCCAGAGCCAAUUUUUGGUAUCAGCAGUGUUUUUAUGGAGUCAAUCUGUCCAGUCUCCGCAAUGCAGCUGUAGAUGAAUACUUCAGGCAACCUAUUGUAGACACAUUUGACAUUAGAAUUUUAAUGGCUCGCACAGUGAAAUAUACUGUCAACUUUACGGAAGCAGCAGAAGAAGAUUUGCACAGAGUGGAAAUCCCCUUUGUUUUCCAGAUGAUGCAGUCUGGUCUAAUCCAUGGCUUAGCAUUUUGGUUUGAUGUGGCGUUUGUUGGUUCGUUGGUAACAGUUUGGCUAUCAACUGCUCCAACCGAACCGCUGACUCACUGGUAUCAAGUCCGCUGCCUUCUUCAGACUCCUCUCUUUGCCAAAGAAGGGGAAACACUGUCAGGGAAAGUCUUAUUUGUAGCAAAUAAACGACAGAGUUAUGACAUCCAGAUUGUGGCUGUAGUAGAUGAAACUGGUUUUAAGUCCGGGAAUAUCCUCGAUUUAAAGAAUCCGUUUUUUAGGUAUGCUUAACUGAUAUGGUAUACAACUUCGGGAAGAACAACCAGGAUUACAAUUCAACCAAGUGUAUGAGAAGCUGAAAAUGAAAACGUCAAACAAGUCGCUGCUUCUGUGAAAUCCGUCUGUAUGUACCAAAAGGAAAUAUUUUAUGCAAAUCGUAUAAGAAGAUGUUUGUGCAGUUUCCUCUUCCUUUUUUGAAUGGACAUGCCAACCUUAAAACAUGUCUGUCUGGAAAGCAUUUCCCACUGUGCUGAAUGAUGCUUGGCUGAUGCAUUUGCUUGGAAAUGUAUUCCACUGAAAUUAGUGGGGAUGAGGUAUAAGGAGGGAAAAGUUAUUUCCACAUUUGAAUUAUUGUAUUCUGUGUUCUGGUGGAUCAAAAUAGUAUCGUUAUCUGAUGAGCUAAGCAUUGCUUUUGGUUUGUUGAAUGCCAACACUCCUUGUUUUGUUUUCUUUUCCCUUUGAGGGAUUUCCUUAACAAAACCUACCUCAUGGUUCCAUACGUAUAUAGAAUGUACGGGAGUAAUGUGAAUAAAACACCAAGCUCAUCUGUAACUCUGUUUCAGUAUUUGCAAGAUGUGUUGAAAUCUCUAGAGCAGAAAUGGGCCUAUCUCAGGCUAUUUCUGUAGCCCACCGCCCUUACAGAUUCCCUAAACUAUCUUUUUCUGCUCUGUCCACCCCAAAAUAAGUUAAAAUGGUGUAUUGGUUUUCCUGUAAAACUUCAGGAGCAACUUCCCUUUUAGAUAGUUACCAGGUUGCCACUGAACACUGGAAAUACCUGUUUCUGGCUACUUCCAGUUCUGUAUAGGGUUUUAUUUUUAUAUUUUUUUAGCUGUCUAUACAGUCCUUCAAUGGAGAAAGUACACUGACCCCUAGCCCCACUGAAAUUGCCCGGCCCCAAACUGAAGCUUAUUCUCAGCUGGCCAAAAAUGAACUGUUAUUGUUUCAUAGCAAUAUGUGAAACUAAGCACAUUAUCUGACAGAUAUUUCUGAUUGAUAUUACUUAAAGAAAAAAAAACCCCAAUCCUGGACUGCAGAGGGUUGGACUGGAUGGCCCAUGAGGUCUCUUCCAACUGUAUGAUUCUGUGACUGUCCUGAAUCAGCCUUCACAAAUUCUUAAAAUAAGCUUUAUGAAAAGAAAACAGCAGCAGAAUAACUUGCGCUGCAUAUGUAUAUUUCAUACAUUAUGUACAUAACAAUUGCAAUAUUUAAUAUUUCCAAUAAUAAAAUUUAAAUAUAAAAUAUAA